AUGCUAACUGAGAUUAAUGCCCAACAAUCUAUAAUUUCAUCAUCUUUACAGACUGAACCAAGUAAUUUGACCGAAAUAAGUAUAGAAGAUGAAGUGUUUGAUUCAGUAUCAGAUAAUAAUUUGGUUAAGUUUGAUAAAAAUAAUAAAGCAUUUAAUUCAGAAAUAUGCCAAAUCUGUGAGAAAAAGGUUGCGACAGUAAGACAUAUGGCAGACUAUUUGGAACAAAAACUUGCAGCGAAUAAUUUCAAUCAUGUUACCCAUGUAGUUAACAAUAUGGAUAGAUUAUUCGCAAUGCUGAAUGAUAUUGAGACAGCACAAAAUCGAAGAAAAUGUAAUCUGACAUGGUGA